UACGAAACCAUGUCAGAAAUCGUGCCUUUUACGGUAAUUAAGGUAGCGAACAGCGGAUACGCAUUCGUUUCGGCCAAAAGUGAGGGGGCUUCGUCUGCUUACUGAAAUUAAGAUCAAUGUCCCAGACGCGCUGCUAGAGGAGACGAGAGUCAAGCUCAAGUACACUCGUCUUGACAAUGCCAUGGGAUCCGUUGAAUGGAGCGACCUUGAGAUCGGCCACAACGCGUUCAAGGAGCUCGUUCAGUUCUGGCGUGACGAAUGUGACUGGAAGAACUACGAAUGCUUCUUGAACACCUUCCAUCACUUCAAAACAACAAUACAGGUGCCCGGCUUUGAGGCCCUGGGUAUUCACUUUCUUCACCAUCGGUCAUCGAGGCCAGACGCCCGUCCGCUUCUGUUCCUACAUGGCUGGCCCGGCUCUUUUCUGGAGGUCCUCAAAAUCCUCCCACUGCUGACUGAACCCGAGGAAGGCAAACAAGCCUUUCAUGUUGUUGCCCCCUCACUGCCGGGGUAUGGAAUCAGUGGCUUUUCCGAGAAAAAAGGCUUUGGUAUUGAUCAGCAUGCCAUUUGUUUCGCCAUGCUGAUGGAGAGACUGGGGUACAAUGGAUAUGCCAUCCAUAUGAACAUGAUUCUAGCGCUGCCGCCCGACCCGAAGAAAUCGCCCCAGAAGUUCGUUCGGUUCCAGAACAAAGACUACGAUGAGCGAGGCCUGAAGAAUAUGAGGAGAAUAAACUGGCUUGCCGAGCACGAGGUAGGACUCUGCCCCAAUACUUCUGGCUUAUCUCUGUGUUGUGUUGACAUCCCUUUCACGUCUUCGCGGGGUUAUCAAAUUGUUCAGGAGACCAAGUGUGUGACGCUCGGCAAUGGCCUCCACGACUCCCCAGUUGCGAUACUCGCAUGGUUCGUGGGCAAGCUCAAAGCCUGGACGGACGAUUAUCCGAGAACCAAGGAAGAGCUCAUUAACUGGACAUUCAUGCACUAUCAGGGUAGUCCGAGCGCUGCGAUGCAUAUUUACAAAGAGGCGUUGGCUGUCGUGAACGAUGAUCUAGACAGCAUGGCCAAACGCUACGUUUCGCAACCAGUCGGUGGUUCUGUUUUCCCUUAG